CAACUGUGAUGGCGCAUGCGCUGUGAACUUGGUUCGUCACACUCCGUGUACAUACGCUGGAAUCCGUCGUGAAAUCUGAUUGAAAAUUGGUUCUCAAUGUACAACGAUUGAUGGUGCUAUGUUAUUUGAUUAUUUCAUUUGAGAAUUUUAAUGUUUAAUAUGUCGGGAAAUAAGGAAAAGAAGAAAUUAUCUUCGACAGAAGCAGAACUCUACCUAUUGAUUGUUAAAUUUCUAAGCACAGGGCCAUGUAAGGGAACUGCAGAAUUGCUGAGGAAAGAAAUAGAGGAACAUGAGUUGUUGCCCAAACGUGUUGAUUGGCUUGGAAAUGAGCAUACGAGGAGUUUUAAUGAGUUUGAACAAACACUUUCUCAGGUAUCAGAUGAUCACCUUUUAAAGAUAUGUUCCCGAGUAGGACCAAUUUUAGACAAAGAGAUCCCACCAACUGUUCCAGGAUUGACUUCACUACUUGGAGUUGGGAGGCAAUCUCUUUUAAGAACAAAAGAAGAUUUGCUGAAGCCAAAAUGUCAAAUGUCCAAUUUAAUGGCAAGAAAAAAUGGAAUGCCACUUCUUCCAUCUCAUUUUGUACAGUCUUCAUACCCACCCAAUAUUACUCAGGUAUUAAUUUCAAGGGAGUCAAGCGGUCCUGUAUCCCAAACACAUACAUUUACACCCAAGUUAUAUGCUCGUGCUCAGGUUUAUCGCAGGCUGUUGGGACACUUAUCAUCAGUUUAUUGUGUUUUGUUUGACAGAACUGGGAAAUAUAUAUUCACAGGUGCUGAUGAUUCACUUGUUAAAAUCUGGAGUGCUGUCGAUGGAAGAUUAUUGGCUUCUCUGAGAGGUCAUUCUGCUGAAAUUACGGACAUGGCAGUGAAUCAUGAAAAUACUUUACUUGCUGCUGGCAGUUGUGAUAAAACAAUACGUGUUUGGUGUCUUCGCACCACCGUUCCUGUUGCUGUUCUUUGUGGACAUACUGGAAUGGUUACUUCUUUGCAGUUUUCCCCCUACCCAAAAAGUGAUGACAGACUUUUAAUAUCAACCGGAAAUGAUGGCUGUGUUUGUUUUUGGCAUUGGAACCAUAAAACUAAUGCAUUUAAUCCAAAGCCUUUGAAGUUCACUGAGCGUAACAAAGCCAAUGCUCAAAUGAUAUGCUCUUCUUUCAGCUCAGGUGGUCUGUUCUUAGCUACUGGCAGUACUGAUAAUAAUGUGCGUGUAUAUAAUAUAGCUGGUGCGAAUGGACCUGAAAAAGUGUUAGAGAGGGAAGUGCAUACAGAUAGAGUAGAUAGUAUACAAUUCAGCAAUCGUGAUUGUAGGUUUAUUAGUGGAAGUAAAGAUGGAAGUGCUCUCAUUUGGAAAUAUGAGAGGCAAAAUUGGAGUACAAUUCAAUUAAAGAUGAGUACUAAAUUACCUGGACAAUCAGAAGAACAGACAGAUGCUAAACAAAAACUUAUGGUCACUAUGGUCAGUUGGGCUCUUGAUGAUGAUAAAGUUAUUACAGCUGUGAGUGAUCACUCCAUAAAAGUUUGGAAUUCCUUUAAUGGAAAUUUAAUCUUCUGUUUAAAGGGCCAUGAGGAUGAAGUUUUUGUGUUAGAACCCCAUCCUACAGAUUCUAGAGUGUUUUUGAGUAGUGGUCACGAUGGUCGAAUUAUUCUAUGGGACUUGAUUUCUGGGACCAUCAUAAAAAAUCAUUUUAACUUGAUUGAAGGCCAAGGUCAUGGAGCUGUCUUUGAUUCUAAAUUUUCUCCUGAUGGUUUGAUGUUUGCAUCAACAGAUUCACAUGGCCAUUUGAGUAUCUUCGGAUUUGGUUCUGCUGAUCGUUAUAAAAAAGUUCCUGAGGAACAGUUUUUCCAUACAGAUUAUCGACCAGUUAUCCAUGAUAUGAAUCACCAUGUAUUGGAUGAGCAAACUCAAACUGCCCCUCAUUUGCUUCCACCUCCUUUCUUAGUAGAUAUUGAUGGUAAUCCUUACCCGCCAAAUAUACAGAGAUUAGUUCCUGGUCGAGAACAUCAGAAUGAUUCUCAGCUUGUUCCUUAUGUAGCUGUGUCUGCUGAAGGAGAUUCUGAGAUUUUGGAGCCUGUUCGACCAUCUAAUGACAAUGAUAGACCAACUAUUGAUGACAUGAUUGAAAGAUUACAACAGGAAAGAAAUCAAAAUAUGGACCAGAAUAGAAGGAGCAAUGAUGGUGCUUCUUCUAGCAGGUCAUCUGUGGAUCUCCUGCGUUCUCCUCAUUCUAGUCACCGUACUGUUAAUGGAAAUGAUGAUCGCAAUGCUCAUGAACCAUUUUCGCCACGCACACCACGAUCUCAAGCUAGUCAUAGUCGUGUGGGUUUGCGCCAAACAGGAGAACGUGAAGGUGUGCAAUCAGUUGGGAAUUGGCAGUCAAGAGGAACUCAUUCUGAUGUACCUUCAUGGGUGAAGCGCGUUGUUGUUAAGCCAAUGGAUCCUGCUAAAGCUGAGUAUUAUAUAAAGCAACGGGAAAUGCUAGCAGAUAAUGAAAAAAAUUUUUUCAAUAGAGAAAAGAAGAAGCGGCCUGUGACUGACAGAAGUGAAGAAUCAAGAAAUGAAGCAACCAGUAACUUACGUUCUCAAAGACGUAUUGGUGCCCGAGCUGGGUUGAGGUCAAGAACUCAAGAAGAUGUACUUAAUAAUGCAUUUGGAGAAGAAUUUGAAAAUCCGGAUAAUGUGAAUUCUAACAGCACUUCAGAUUCUGAAACUGAAGAACAAGAAGGUUUACCUGACAGCUCGGAAGGAAGUGAAUCUGAUUAUUCUGACUGGGCUAAUGAUGCUCCUGCAUCAUCAAAACCUAAGCCAAAGCCUGAACCUCAACCAUCUACAUCUACUGGAAGAAGACCUGCUUCCUUGAGGCAAAUUAAACCUCGUCGUCGUCUGGUAUCAUCUGAUGAUGACUUGAGUGAAGGUGAUGCAUUUGAUAAUGAUGAUGAAACUUCUGAAAAUAAACCUGAAAUAUCAAGGAGAAAUAGAAAGCAGGCAGUCACUCCAAAAAAGAAAAUAGCUGCAAAUGGUAAGAAGCUCCCUGAAAGAUUCCGUCCACCUGAAUGGUUAACAGAUGUUAUGCCACACAAAGCACCUUAUGUACCUCAAAUAGGAGAUGAGAUUGUGUAUUUUAGACAAGGUCAUGAAUUAUAUGUUCAAGCUGUGAAAAGAAAUAGAAUAUAUGACAUUUACAUGAGAAGUCAACCAUGGAGAAAAAUAAAUUUGAGGGAUCAAGAAGUAGCUAGAAUUGAGGAUAUUACUUUUGAAAAUCAUCCCCCUCGUCUGUGUUGUUUAAAAUUGAGUCUUCUGAAUCCUGCUGAAAAGUGCCCAGAAAGUUUUACUGUUAAAUAUCAUGAUAUGGCUGAUGUUAUUGAUUUCAUAAUCCUUAAACAGAAUUAUGAUCAGGCAAUGCAUUAUGAUUGGAAGCCAGGUGAUAGAUUUCGUUCUGCAAUUGAUAAAGCAUGGUGGCUUGGUACUAUUAAGGCACAGAAACCAUUGAAUCCAAAUUUUCCUGAUUCCAUGUUUCAGUGCUUUUUAGUAAAAUGGGACAAUGGAGAAAAAGAACACAUGAGCCCAUGGGAUUUUGAACCAAUUGACAGUGAACGCUUGCCAGAGGAAGAAGGUGGCAGUGUAGAAAUUACCCCUGAAGAACGAAUGGCUAUGAUGUAUGUGCCAGAACCUCAUGAAUGGUCUGAAUAUGGAAUGGAUUAUGAUUGUGAAAGGAUUGCUCGAGGUCUAGGAAGAAUUAUGGAGCUUAGCAUUGCUGAGUCAUUUGUAGCUCCUGUGGAUCUGAACUUGUACCCUAGCUAUGCUAUUGUGGUGGAAUAUCCCAUGGAUUUGGGGACCAUUAAAGCUAGAGUUCAAAAUCGGUUUUAUAGGAGACUAGAUGCCAUAAAAUUUGAUGUUCGAUAUAUAGAAAUCAAUGCUUUGAAAUUCAAUGAACCUGGAAGCAGAAUUGUGAAGCAAGCAAAGUGUGUUGUGGAUCUCUGUAUCAGGUUUAUUAAUUCGUCUCAUUGUACUGAUCCGAUGGUACUUUAUAAUGACAUGAUGGAAGCCAAACAAUCUCGAUCUCAAGAUUCCCAGAGUGAAUUAGAUGUUUUAUGUAGUGAAAUUGAUAGUGAUGCGGAGAAUGAUACAUCCACUAGAAUCAAAAGGAGAAAGCAAAAAGCUCUCCAGCAGUCGAGCAAACGUGUAUGCUUACAAAAUCAAAAAUAUACCUCAAAUAGUUGGAGGCAACAGUGUGCACAACUAUUAACUACCUUUUUUCAAUGUGAUGAUUCUACGCCAUUCCGUCAUCCAGUGAACCUCAUUGAUUAUCCUGAUUACAGAAAUAUUAUUGACAUUCCUAUGGAUUUAACUACUGUUCGAGAGAGAUUAAGUAGCAACUAUUAUAGCAAUCCAACUGAAUUUUGCAAAGAUAUGAGACUGAUUUUCCAAAAUUCUCGCAACUACAAUACAAAUAAGAAGUCCAAAAUAUAUUCUAUGACGAUACGAUUGAGUGCAAUGUUUGAAGAACAUAUUCGAGGUAUUAUCAGUGACUGGAGAUCAGCUGUUAAAUAUGAAGAAAAAAUAAGAAAUAAUCAAUAUGUUAGCAAUAGGCGAAAACCCAUUCCUUCUCAAGAAGCAGGUGUUAAUAUUGGUGCUUCAACAUCAAGAACAGUUUGUCAGCCUUCAACAUCUAGAGGUGAAAGUUCUAGAUCCUCUAGAUACACAUCGAAUUCUAUUUCGGAAUCACUGUUUCGUAAUCAUACGACUAAGUUUACCAAUGGUGCAGGACCAAAGAAAAAAAUCAAAGAAGAAACUCAACUAUCCAAAAAUUCUUCAGUUCGCAUGAAAAAGAAAAUUUUAAAACCUUCUAUAGGAGUUUCUUUAUCAAAUGGUACUAGAAAGCCAACCACUUCUGUCCAAAAACGAAAAGCAGUUGAAAAUCCUCCAAAGAGAAUUAGUGAAAGGACAAAAAAGAAAGAGCUUCUUGAUGAGGAGGGGUAUAGUCAAUCAGAUUCCAAUAACAGUAGCCAUUCUGAUUAUUCCACAAACAAUAGCCGGAGUGGAGACGCAGAAUGGAAUCAGAGCUCUAAAAGAUGUCGAAAAGAUGCCACUCCAAACUUGCUACAGAAAUCACUGAGGCCUAGAAUCAACAAAAAUAGACCAACACGUACAUCAUAUCAUCAGAAAUCAUCAAUUUAUAGAUCAUCACUUCGUAAUCAUACUCGCACAUCUUUGCCUAGAUCCCGAUCCUCUUCACCAGAAAGUGGAUGGACAGCCUUGAAAAAGAGAACUUGCAGAUCUCCUCUUCAUACACGUUCCAAAAGACUCUGCAAUUCAACCGUUGAAAAACCUGAUUAUAGAGAUUCUGGUUCAAGCUCUGAUAGUGAUGAGGAAGAAUCAGAGUCACAGAGCUUUAAAAGUGAGAAAAACUCGAAUAGUUCAGGAAGCUCAAGUAAAUCCUCACUUGUAAGAACUCGAACUCGAGGCGCUCAAAAUAACAUCAAGAAUCGGCAGUCUGGUUCAAGUUCUGAAUCUGAGCAGAGUGAUGAGAACUCACAGCCACAAGUAUCCCGCAGACCAACUCGUAUUGCAUCCAGGGGUGUACGUGCCUUAACUGCACGCUUAGUAGAAAGUCCACAGAAAUCUGGUCGUAUUGUAACUCGGAAUCGAGGUGUAAGAACUGUUCAGUAUCAAGAAGGUGACAGUGACGAGUCAGAAAAUGAUGAAUCGAUGCAAUCAAAUAACAGCCGGGGCAGUUUACGGUCUCUAACGAAUGGUGAUGAACAAACCCCAGCGAUUCGUAAGAGAAUAGUGGAAAAGUCCAUGGGGAAUGAGGAAGGUUUGGCCAGAAAAGCUUCUUCCUCUGCCCUGGAUGGCCCUUCAGCUCAAAGUGAAAGUGAUAAUUCUAAUCAUUACUUAAAAAAUAAUGAUGGGUCUUCAAAACUUCACACUCGAAUGCAUUCGUAUGCCAAACCUUACAAAGGUUAUUUGAGCUCCAUUCCUCAACGCACAAGAUCUGCAAUGAACAAAGAAGCAUCCCCUAAGAGUGGUUUCUUCGGAAUUUCCAAAGCUUACAAAAGGAAUCUUAUAAGAAAAGCUUCUGCAAGGAAAGAAAGUGAUACUGAUAAUGAUGAUCAUGUGUAUAAAAGCAAAGUAUCCAAAUGGAGUAAUACAUCAAGCUAUGGCUUAAGAAAAUGUUCCAAAUUAAUAAAACGAUCUGUAUAUCGAAAUCGACCUUAUUCUUCAUUAAUAAAACACCAGAACAAUGCAUCUGUAUCUUCCUCAACACCAUUUCGAAGGCGAGGCAGACCAAGUCUUUUGAGCAGCCUCCACAAACGCACAAUGAACCAAAAUAGUGAAAAUAUCCAAAAGAAAUUAAAUUUUGUAAAUCAGACAUCUAGAAAGGUAUCGAUGCGAAUAAAGAGAAACCAAAAUAGAAAUAAUUACAGUCCUAUUUCUCUCAACACAAGAUCGAAGCUUCAUUUAUUGACAGAAAAAGAGUCAUUAAAUGCUGAAGAAACAAUGACUAAAAGAAUUCGUGCACCAACUAUUGUGUUCUGUAAACCAAACGUCUCUGCUCAUGAAUCAGAUUCAAAAUAUAAAUUGAGAACGAUCUAUGCUGGAAGUAGUAGUAGCUUGGAUUUUAAAGACAAAGUAAAUUCUACUCUGAAUGAAAAACAAACAUCUUCUCAGAACAGUAGCUUAAAAGUUGAAAAUUUUAAACCCCUACAUUCAAGACCAAUUUCAUCUCAUACUAGGUCUUCUAAUAGUUUCUCUGAUAAUCAAAAUGAAUUCAAAAAGCAAGUUCCAAAUGAAAUUGGAACAAAAAAGAUUUUGUUUCCACCUAAAGCAGACAAUUAUAAUUUAAAGGGGCAUAAAACAAAAUCUCCAACUAUAGAUAAUUCACACAGCAAAGAAAUGGCUAAUUCAUCGAUGAAGGAAAAUGCUAAUGACAUUUUAGGAUAUAAUAAAAGCAAAUGGUGUCUUAGAAAACCCAAUAUGACAAGAGUAAGUGCUAGAAUUUCUCAUAAUUCUAAUGCAGCAGAUCCCAGCAAAAUUCAAACCAGGAAUCGUGGCCAGAGAACAGUCAUAUAUAAUGAAGAUGAUAACAAUUAUUUAACAGAAAUUUUCGAAAAUGAAGAUCCUAUAAAGUUGAACCAACGACACAAUUCAAAUGACUCGGAUGACACAAAAGAAUCUCUAGAAUCAACAUUAUCUGAUAGUACAAGAAGUUCAUUUAGAAAAAUCGAUUGUAAAGAUAAAAGUUUAACAGAAAGUGAGAAAAGUGCCAGUAGUACCAGAAAAGCAACAUUUCAUAGACCAAAAAAAGAUGCUUUAAAAAUAUCGAAUGGAAUUGAAACCAGAAACCAUGGUCAAAGAACAACAGUAUAUGCCGAGGAUGCUGAUGAUUAUUUGGAAGAAUACUUUGAGAGUCUGGAAUCAUGAUUCUAAAAAUUUUAAUUUUCAUCCUAAUAGCAGUUAAAUUUUAUUGCUCUGAUAAUGUUCUACAUAUAAAUUCUCAGUAGAGAAAACAAUAGUGUAGAAUAAUCUGUAUUAUAUUUUUGUAAAACCUGGGAAACCUUGUAUUCUUUGAAUGUAAAAUUCAUUCAAAAUGUUCUGCUAUUCAUUGUUCAUCUGAAUGUUCACACAUUUUUUGAUCACUUACAUGUUUUUCUCUACAAUGUUCGACAUAUAUUGUUUCAAAGUUUAUAUUCCAUGAGCAUUUGCUAAAUGUGUUACAUUUAAUGUGUACAGAAGUUUCUCGGAACUUUAACUGAGACUUUAUCAUCAGCUUCUAUUUGUCAUUUAUUCAAAGAGAGCUGCUGUAAAAUGUUUUUUUGAACCUAACUGUUAAGUUUUUCAUUAUUACUUUACACCAAAAAGCCAUGUUUCACAUAAUUUCAUCUCGACUUUGAGAUAAAUAAAAUACA